UAUGCGUCCAGUAUGUGAAAUUGUCAAAUUAGCGAUGCGAUCGAUGUAAUUUGUGUGUACAUAUAUAUAUAAUAAUUGAAAGUGCGAGUGCUUGUAUUAAUUGUACAUACCAAUUAAUAUCUUGUAAAACUGUUUUUACCUUACAACGAUGAAUAACCGGAGACGAACAAAUAACUUUACUUACGUUAGUUCGUGUGUAAAGUAUAUGAUAUUUUUACUCAAUUUUGUUUUUUGGUUAUUCGGAGGACUGUUAAUCGGAGUGGGUUUAUAUGCGUUUGUGGACAAGUGGCAAGCAACUGGUUCCGUUCGAGUGGAAAAUGUAUAUGAUGUAGUCCUGAAUAUUUCACUUGUAAUGGUUAUAGCGGGAGGAGUAGUUUUCGUUGUUAGUUUCGCAGGAUGUGUUGGAGCAUUGCGUGAAAAUACUUGUCUUCUAAAAUUUUAUUCAUUGUGUCUGUUGGUGUUUUUUCUCCUUGAAAUGGGCGUAGCAAUUGUUGGUUUUGUAUUUCCACACACAUUGCAAUCUUUAUUGGAGGAAUCAUUUACCGAUAAAAUUAUACAAACAUAUAGAGAGGAUCCUGAUCUACAAAACUUUAUCGAUUUUGGACAACAAGAAUUUCGGUGCUGUGGCUUAAGUCAAGAAGGAUAUCUAGACUGGGGGAAGAACGAAUACUUUAAUUGUUCCAGUCCUAGCGUAGAACGGUGCGGUGUACCAUUCUCUUGUUGUAUCAAUGCUACGGAUAUAUCGAGUGGUCUUAUGAAUAUAAUGUGUGGCUACAAAGUUCAGAUGUUACCAGUAUCUGAAGCGGGCAAGAAGGUAUGGACUAGUGGUUGCAUUGAAAUUGUACGAAGUUGGGCGGAACGUAAUCUUUAUACAAUAGCGGGCAUUGCUUUGGGUAUAGCUGUUAGUCAACUAUUUGUCAUUUAUCUUGCUAAAACGUUAGAAGGUCAAAUUGAAUUGCAAAAGUCUCGUUGGCAUUCCUGAGCUUGACUUCAGGCCACCUACCGCUACCAAAUUCAUUCCCCUCCCAGCAGGCAGGUGGCCAAUGGCCGAACACGAGGCCAAGAUAUUGAAACACAUGUAAAUGUUCGAAUGACAUUACUCGUUCUUUUCGCGAUCUCUGUAUACAUACUCUGCAUUCUCUCUUUGAUUAGACUUGUUCUUUAUUUUAAAAAUUAUUUUCAUAUAUAUUUAAGCAAAGGUUAGCUUUUACUCAUUCUUACGUAUUACCAUGUUUUUAUAACCAAUUUUUAGUUUUUUUCUUAUUACUUUUUGUCUUUACUGCCAAAUUGUUGGGUCAUAUAGCCAUAUAUAUUUUCUCUCGAAAUUUUACAUAUCUUACAUAGUAAGAAGUUGAUUACUCUCAUACCAGUUUACUCUAGAAUAGUGGAACUGAGUCUGAAUAAUAUUCAAUUUAUACAUUUAGUUAUACAUAUAUGAAUUUUCUGUUGCAAAAACUACCAACAUUUAAAGACAAAACUUUAGUUGAUAUAAGAUUAACCAAAUAUACGCGUACGUACCAUGACACUUGAUUCGGUAAUGACGUGCAAUAAUUUUAUAUGUAUAAAAAUAUCAUUUCUUUGAAAAAUAUUCAUGUAUGAUAUUGAAUUUUAUAUAAUAGCAAAGCUGACUCCAGUACUAGUCAUGCUAAACGAAAAACAGUAAAAUCGCGAGAUUCUAAUUUUGCAAAAUCGGAUUCUCGCAGCUUUACUGCCUCUCGCUCAGUAUGGCUUGUAGUGGGAUCGGCUGUGAUAAUAGUAAUUUUUGCAUCAGAAUUUCAAGUUAUUAUCUGCAUAGUGUAUCUAAUAUAUAUUGUAAGUAUUGGAAAGUUUAAGCUUUUAAAUAAUUGAUCUACAAAAGACUUACAAGAAUAUUAUAUAAUUUAUAAAGUAGACACAAUUGAAGAGAUUCAAACCUUUUUAUACGGCUUGCUUUAUUACAACAUAUUUACAUAAUUAUUUGCAGAAAUACUUCAGCAUGUAAGUGUAUUUUAUUCUUAUUUAAAAUAAGAAUUUUGUUCGUUUUUAUAAGGAGUAACAAUAAUUUGACAUAAUGAAAUACAAGAGAUAAGUACUUGGAUAAAACACGCACAUCAGUCGAACAAUUUAACUCGGAGACUUUUGCUAUUAUUUCUCUUUUUUAAUCUUCGUACAAUCGUAUUAUACUAAUAUCGGUAAGCAUAUAGUUAUUUACAAAUUAAUAUUGUUGAUUUUUUUUAUUUUACUAUAUUAGUGUAACUGAAGUGCAUAAAUAAAAAAAACGUCCAGUGCCAAAGUCAGAAUAUUGUCUUAUAUUUUAUUUGGAACAAAUCUGACAAUAAUCUGGUAAACAAUUUGUUCGUUGAGUGCAUAUAGAGUACAUCUGCGUGUUCUUUUAUUAAGAA